GAACAUCGACGCUUCUCCAAGCAGGCCUAAAGCACGGAGCAACCGUGGGUGCCAUCGUCCGCCAUGCGGAGGUUGUCUCAACCAUCGGAGCCUUUGCUCUUCUCUGCGAAGACGGGACGGUGGUGACGUGGGGAGAUGCGGAUUUUGGAGCCGAUAGCGCCGAGGUGCAGGAGCAGCUGAAGGAUGUUCAGCAGAUCUGUGGGUCGGAUGGUGCCUUCGCAGCACUUCUUGCUGAUGGUUUCGUUGUCACCUGGGGUGAUGAAGACUUCGGUGGGAACAGCAGUGCGGUCCAAGACCAACUCUUAAAUGUUCUGGAGCUUCAAGCCUUCGGCGUGGCUUUUGCAGCCACCCUCGCUGACGGGACGACCGUGUGUUGGGGCAGUCAGUCCAUCCAGACAAAACUACAACAUGCGCGACGGAUUUCUGCCUCCAACGGCGCAUGCGCAAUUAUCAAGGACGACGGCUCUGUGGUUGCUUGGGGCCACGCGGAGUACGGUGCUGAUACGAGCAAGGUCAGCGACCAGCUCAGUGAUGUUCAGCACAUCCAGGCGACGUGGACAGGGGCCUUCUCUGCCAUCCGGAGCGACGGCACCGUG